AUGAAGACACCAUUAAAUUCGUCGAAUUUACAAAUUACCAAGAACCCAAGCCCAUCCAGACCAAGACCAAAUGAUCAGUUACAAUUUGGCAAGACUUUCACCGAUCAUAUGUUAAUAGUCGAAUGGAACGCAAAUGAAGGCUGGGGUAAUCCUCAAAUUAAGCCAUACGGUCCAUUCAGUCUAGACCCAUCUUCUGUAGUAUUCCACUAUGGAUUCGAAUUGUUUGAAGGUAUGAAGGCUUACAGAACCGUCGACAACAAGAUUACUUUAUUCCGUCCUGACAAGAAUAUGAAACGUAUGAAUGAAUCUGCUGCUAGGAUCUGUUUACCUGAGUUUGACGGGAAUGAGCUAAUUAAGUUAAUUGGAAAACUGAUUGAAUUAGAUAAGCAUUUAAUUCCUCAGGGCGAGGGCUAUUCUUUAUAUAUUAGGCCUACGAUGAUCGGCACAAGUGAAACAUUGAGUGUAGUGUCUCCCGACAAAGCAUUGCUUUAUGUUAUUUGUUCUCCGGUUGGACCGUACUACAAGACUGGCUUUAAGGCUGUAAAACUAGAGGCAACUGACUAUGCUACCAGGGCUUGGCCUGGUGGUUGUGGUGACAAGAAAUUGGGUGCUAACUAUGCGCCCUGUGUAUUACCACAAUUGGUAGCUGCUCAAAGAGGGUACCAACAAAACCUGUGGUUAUUUGGUCCAGAAAAAAAUAUUACUGAAGUGGGAACAAUGAAUGCCUUUUUUGUCUUUUCAAAUCCAAAUACAGGUAAAAAUGAACUAGUUACGGCACCCUUAGAUGGAACCAUUUUGCCUGGUGUCACAAGAGAUUCAAUUUUAGAAUUGGCCAGGAAAAGACUAGAUCCUCAUAGAUGGGAAAUUAAUGAACGUUACUGCACUAUUUUUGAACUAUCUGAGAAGUCUAAGAACGGGGAACUAGUUGAGGCAUUCGGUUCAGGUACAGCAGCAAUUGUUUCACCAAUUAAAGAAAUUGGCUGGAAAAAUGAAAAAAUCCAGGUUCCUUUGAGCCCUGGAGAAGAAACAGGACCUUUCACCAAAGAAGCGGCUCAGUGGAUUUUGGAUAUUCAGUACGGGAAAGUCACACAAGGAAACUGGUCAGAAACUGUUGCUGACCUAAACUGA